CGCAAACGGAUGGUGUCCCCGGGCCUGGAGAGUCCCGGCUCAGAGCCCAGUGCAGAGCGGCAGCCGAGAGGAGGUGGAGAUGGCGUCCCAGCCGCCUCCUCCCCCUAAACCCUGGGAGACCCGCCGGAUUCCGGGGGCCGGGCCGGGACCGGGACCUGGCCCCACUUUCCAAUCUGCUGAUUUAGGCCCCACUAUAUUGACAAGACCUGGACAACCAACACUGAGCAGAGUGCCACCACCUAUUCUUCCAAGGCCAUCACAGCAGACAGGAAGCAGCAAUGUGAACACUUUCAGACCUGCUUACAGUUCAUUUUCUUCUGGAUAUGGUGCCUUUGGAAAUUCAUAUUAUGGAAGCUAUAGCCCUUAUAGUUAUGGAUAUAAUGGGUUGGGCUAUAACCGCCUCCGUAUAGAUGAUCUUCCGCCUAGUAGAUUUGUUCAGCAAGCUGAAGAAAGCAGCAGAGGUGCAUUUCAGUCCAUUGAAAGUAUUGUACAUGCAUUUGCCUCUGUCAGUAUGAUGAUGGAUGCUACCUUUUCAGCUGUCUAUAACAGUUUCAGGGCUGUAUUGGAUGUAGCAAACCACUUUUCCCGAUUAAAAAUACACUUCACAAAGGUUUUUUCAGCUUUUGCACUAGUUAGGACUAUAAGGUAUCUUUAUAGACGGUUACAGUGGAUGAUGGGUUUAAGAAGAGGCUCUGAGAAUGAAGACCUAUGGGCAGAAAGUGAAAGGACUGUGGCUUGCCUUGGUGCUGAGGACAGAGCAGCUAACUCAGCAAAAUCUUGGCCAAUAUUCUUAUUCUUUGCUGUUAUCCUUGGUGGUCCUUACCUCAUCUGGAAAUUGCUGUCUACUUACAGUGAUGAAGUAACAGACAGUACCAACUGGGCGAGUGGUGAGGAUGACCAUGUAGUUGCUAGAGCAGAAUACGAUUUUGUUGCUGUAUCUGAAGAAGAAAUUUCUUUCCGGGCUGGCGAUAUGCUAAACCUAGCUCUCAAAGAACAGCAACCCAGAGUGCGUGGCUGGCUUCUGGCUAGUCUUGAUGGUCAAACAACAGGACUUAUACCUGCUAAUUAUGUCAAAAUUCUUGGUAAAAGAAGAGGUAGAAAAACGGUGGAAUCCAGUAAAAUUUCCAAGCAGCAGCAGUCUUUUACCAACACAACACUAACUAAAGGAGCCACAGCUGCCGAUUCUUUGGAAGAACAGGAAGCCGCCUUUGAAUCUGUCUUCGUUGAAACUACUAAGGUUACAGUUGCACCUGAUUCCAGUGGGAAAAAUGGAGAUAAACAAGAUCUUUGAUAUAUUUCAUGUUUGCCUGCAGUUGAACUAUAAUUUGGAAUACUUUUUAAAAAUUAAUUCCGCAAAGAAAUCUACAAUCCAAUGAAAACAUUUGUUAAUGGCUAUUCCAGAUGUUUUGCUGCUAGAAAUUAUUAAAGCUGUACACUAGUAUGUUGGUCUAGUGACCUGGUUACAUUUUAUGAGUUAUUGGACCAUGAGGAUAUUUGUUUCACCCAGAUUUAAGAUUAUGGAGACUAUCAUUGUCAUCUUAUUUAAAACCCUGUGUUUAUUGAAAUAGUAAGACUGAUGAACUAUAGAAUACACAAUUUGUUACAGUAGGGAUCAUUAAUGAGUUUUUAAAUUCUAGAUUAAUUGACCUGAAAUCCUCAGUAAUUGACUGACAAUAUAUAAAUAUAAGAACAGGCAAAAAGGUAAAAUUUUUUUACAACUUCAAUUAAACUGAAUAAUAAAAAUUUUCUGAUGUGUAUUACAUCCAGUGUUGGGUUUGCUUUAGGCAAUAGUAAUGUGUUUUCUCCCAACAACAAUUGAUAUUAUUAUCUUUUAUUGUUUGUUUUUUAAUUUAUCUUGGCAUUUUGAAGGAAAUGGUCCCAGGUUGAUAUUUAGCCUUAAUAAUUUUCCCUGCUAGUAAAAAGGCUGUAAUUUAUUUUUCUUAACAUAUUAUUUCCAUUUCUUCAGAGGGUCAUAUAACUUUUUAUCCCUUUACAAUAUGACUAGUUUUCAUCCUGGGUGAAUCAGAGUAUGUAUAUGAAAGAUUUAUUGUGUUUUCCUCCAGCCAAGACUCAAGUUCUUUAGAGUUUGUACUCAAUUCUAGCAGUAGUGAUUUUAAACCUUUUCAUAGAUUCUGUGCUUCUACCUAGUACAAUUACUUUUUAAAACUCAGUAUUCUAGACUGUUCUUUAAACAUUGAGAGUGUGUCACAUUGGGUACACUUUUCUUUUAGGUUUGAUUUUUACUACAGAGACUAAAAAUAAAAUGCUGGAGUUCCCGUCGUGGCGCAGUGGUUAAUGAAUCCGACUAGGAACCAUGAGGUUGCGGGUUUGAUCCCUGCCCUUGCUCAGUGGGUCAAGGUUCUGGCGUUGCCGUGAGCUGUGGUGUAGGUAGCAGACGCGGCUCGGAUCCUGCGUUGCUGUGGCUCUGGCGUAGGCUGGCAGCUACAGCUCCAAUUCGACCCCUAGCCUGGGAACCUCCAUAUGCCGCAGGAGCGGCCCAAGAAAUGGCAAAAAGAAAAAAAAUAAAAUGCUGAAUUGCCAUUUAGAAUAUCAUAAUGCUAUUUGACUUUUUUUUGUUUAAUGAUUUUUAAAUAUAGUUAAACUUCAGUACACUGAAGUAUUUCCCUACAAAAUUGGAAAAGUCUGAUACUUGCUAUGAUCGUACUACAAAAACAAUGCCAUCAGGAAUACCAGUGUACAAGAAUGCACUUUAAGAUAUUGUCGAGGAGUUCCAUUGUGGCACAGCAGAAACAAAUCUGACUAGGAACCAUGAGGUUGCAGGUUCGAUCCCUAGCCUCACUCAGGGGUUAAGGAUCUGGCGUUGCCGUGAGCUGUGGUGUAGGUCGCAGAUGCGGCUCAGAUCUGCUUUUGCUGUGGCUCUGGCAUAGGCCGGCAGUUGUAGCUCCGAUUAGACCCCCUGGCCCAGGAACCUCCAUAUGCCACAAGUGUGGCCCUAAAAAGACUAAAAAAACCAAAAGAUAUUGUUGAGGUCCUGGAAUUACUUGAUAAAGAUUUUGGUUUAAGUAAUUUUUCUUUCUUCUUGUAGACUUUAUGUUCAACAAGUAAUUCUGCAACAAUUCAGACUUCAGACUAAAACAUUGGGAACUAACUAAUCAACAUAGAAUUUUACUAAAGUCUUCUUGGGAACUUCUAAGACAGUGUAAUAAGUAACACGUCCUUUAAAAUACAAAAUGUUUAUGUGCGCAAAAAAAGUAAAAAGAUAGUAAAAUCUGUUUAUCUUAGGAAUAUUUUUCUAACACCCAGUUCAUCAAGUCUUCAGAUUAAGCACAUUAAGUUACCUAUAUAUUAUUUUCCAUAUGUGUUCUACAAUUAGAGGUUCUGCCUUAUUUGGUUAGAGUAAUUUUGGAAAUUCUGUUCUUGAAACAAAUUUUUGAUAAAACAAAUUAUUAAAUUUGGUUUUGGGACAUCUAAAUUGAAUGCUAGAAGUGAAGCAGAAGUAAAAUGUUGAGUCAGUGCCAUUUAGAUUUUUAAAAGGUGGGUCUUGAGGAUGAUAGUUGUGAUUGGUUUUAAAGAUUUAUAAGGAGAAGAAUAUAGCAUGGAAUGAAUGACAAAAACAAUUUGACUUUUCUUAAGGUGUUUAAUUUUUGGUUAAAAAUGCUAAAUUGGGAGUUCCCAUUGUGGCGCAGUGGAAAUGAACCUGACUUGUUUCUAUGGGGAUGAGAGUUCAAUCCCUGGCCUCACUCAGUGGGUUAAGGAUCCAGUGUGGCCCUGAGCUAUAGCGUAGGUCUCAGACGCAGCUCGGAUCCUGCGUUGCUGUAGCAUAAGAUGGCAGCUGUAGCCCCAGCCUGCGAACUUCAUGUGCCGCUGGUGCAGCCCCCCCCCCCAAAAAAAGCUAAAUUGGGAGUUCCCAUUGUAGCUCAGCAGGUUAAGGACCCAAUGUAGUCUCCAUGAAGAUGUGGGUUCGAUCUCUGUCCUUGCUCAGUGGGUUGAGGACCCAAUGUUGCCCCAACCUACAGCGUAGAUUACAGAUGUGGCUCAGAUCCAAUGUCAUCAUAGCUGUGGCAUAGGUGGGCAGCCGUAGCUCGGAUUUAACCCCUAGCCCCAGAACUUCUAUAUGCCACAGGUGUGGCCAUAAGAAAAAAAUUUUAAAUAAAAAGCUAAAUUGCAGUGUACAUUAUCUGGUAACUAUUUGUGUCUGAAAAUUCCUUUUCCAUUAAGAAUCUAGAAGAGGAAUUGAGGACUAGAAUAAGAAAUUUUGUAAUGUUUUUAUCCUGACAGUUUUAGUAUAAUUUUUAAAUGAUUAAAUGUAAUGUUUAAUGCUCCAACUUUGUUGUUUUUAGGAACUUAUUUAAGGACUGCUACUUGACAGAAAUUAUACCUGAAACUAACACAUUUUCAAUUAAAUAAAAUAAUCACAUUACAAAAAGAAAA